GGAUCGGCGGCGAGGCUGCUUCCUUCCCCGGCGCCGGUGUCGGUGAGGCGGCGAGGAGGAGGCCGGCCGGCGCGGUCAGGUCUCGCGCGACGGGGCAUUUUCCCUCUACCUGCGGUCUCCGCCUCCUUCAGGUGUUCAGGUUAAAGGGUGGUUAUGCCUCAUAUUUUAAAAUGGAGGGAGUAUGAAACUACUAGUGUUCCAAUUACUAACAGCCUGAACCUAACUGUUACAGUGGGAUGCACACAGCACAUAGGUUAUAUAGAUUGGUAGAUUAGACAGGGCGGAACACUAUUCUUUUUUAACGGAGUGUGAUUAGUUUACAUCUCUUUGAGUGCUGUAACUGGGAUUUCUUAUGUGGUUUCCACAUGAGACGGUUGUGGAGAGUAGAGGCCAUGUAGUUUCAAUUUUUAACUGCUGCUUCUCUAGUCUAAAAAAGUGUUUCCUAUGACGAAGGAAUUAUACUUCAUGCUUUUUAUGAAUGAUUGUUCUUAGUUCUAUAGCAUUCCCAGUUUUAAGUGUAUCAUACAAAGAUUUCAGCUAUGAGUUCACAAAUUUAUUAGAGCUGCAGCUUGUCAGUACAUAUAUAUGAAAAAUCGCCGCCAAAUGAACAUUGCUGGUCUUUACACAACAGUUUUGUUGAAAAUGAUACACAUGCAGACAUGCUCCACCAUCUUGUAUUUAGUGUGCUGGUCUCGUGUUACAUUUGCAUUUGGUUGAUUGCUGAUGCACUCGGUUUCUACCUAAGUGCAUUCCUUUGUUUCUUGCAGGCUAAUGGAUUUAGGUAAAACUUAGGCCAAUUAUCCUUUUCUAUUGAUUUAGUAAGAAUUACUUGUUACUAUAUCAUCGACAAUUUCCAUUCAGCAAGAGAUAACGUAGGGCAUGCUUGCAAAGCCUGAUUUGCAAUUUCCAUUCCUUUGUCUGGAAUGCAGCCACAUUGGACCUUUUUCUUGCAUAUAUUGAAUACCGUUAGCAGUGUUCAUUUACUAAGUACUGCUAUUUAUCAUUGUGAAUAUAUCGUAAGGGAUGUUGUUUUUGCAUAUUUGCACUACAGUGCUAUCUGUGUUUGGUUUAGGUUCAGGCCUUCAGGGGAUGAGUAUAAUAAAAAUUCUGCAGGGGGGCACACAAAAGCUUUGCAUGUCAUUCCAUUAGAGUAGAAAUAAAGUUGAUUACACAACAAGAAAACUGGGAGCAUACAGGCUCCAAAGAAUUUAGUUUUUAAAAAGGAUUUAGAUCUUGCAUAAUGGUUUGCACUUCGACGACCCAGUGCCCCUCCAAACUCUGAGUUCUUGGAAGUUCUUGGAGCAUGUUCUCGAGAACCUGCUGUAUUGGUGACAUCUUGUUUCUCAAAACCGCGUGCAUUGAGCUCCUUCCACAUUGUCCACUCUAAUGAGAGUACAUGGGUGGGGUCCUAUUCAUUCUUCUAUACCUCUUGGAGGACAGAAUAUGCAAAUUAACGAGAAGACAUGCAUUUGUUUGCGGAGAAGGCGAGAACUGAAUUAACUUAUAAAAAAAAUGUGUUAAUCACCCAAGCUCAAGAGAUGCGUUAAGUGAUAUUAUUACUCUAACCUUGACCAAAUGGGACCUCAGGGUAGGAGCACUGGAUAUUAUAUGAGUUGUAGGCAAAGCAAGUCUCUAAACCUGUUUGCAAUUGAGACAUUUUCCUUCUGUGGACCACCGACCCAGACAAAGUCGGAAAUGUGGUACUAAGUGAACACUGAUGUUCACGGGCUACAGCACUGGUCCAUGACAGAAUGAUUCUAAUUAUUCAAGUCUUUUUGCAAAUAACUGUUGUGCAUCACUAAAAACAAACUUUAUGCACUGUUAACCUGGGACCUGCUUGCUCAAGCUGUCAAUAAUCACAUACAUUUUUCCAUUUCAUUUUAAGAGAACAAUCAUCCAUGCUGUUAUACUAAUACAGGUGAACGGUGGCAGGCAAGCCACGAUCAAAUAACCAUCCUGAAUGCGAGGUUUAGUCUAUAUCACUAUCCUGUUGAUUAGACGCCUCCUAUGGAUAUUCCCUUCUAUUAUUGUCUUGUUACCUUUUGUUUGUGGACCUGCAGUGAGGCCAUUCCUUUCUCCAGCUCUUCUCCAAGCCAUGGGUAAUGGUAUCUGGCUGUCUACAGUGUUGGUAUAAUUGCGGGAAACAAAACUUUUUCACCCCGAUCAGAACCUUUUUUGAAUUGGUCUCGUUUGGCAAUGAUUCCAAUGUGCUAUGCUUUACAGUAAGAACCCUUUUCUUCUUGGUGCUACCCAAUGGUUUCGGUCUCCAAGGUAAAAGGUGCAUAUAGGUCAUAUCAAAGCUUUUGCCUGCUUGCUCCAAUAUCACCUCCAAAGAAACUGCUUGAUGCAAGAAUCAGCACUAGCAAUGGUUCAAAGGGGACAUUUGUUAGCACUUAGCACGAACAAGACAUGACCUGAUGCUGUUCAUGUUCUUGCCUUUCUGUUAACUUCAGGCAAACAGCUGAUGAACAGAGGCUUAGGCAGGCAAGGCAGCAUCUAAGGCAUGGGAGAAACAGAUGGAAGGAAGGCAGCUGAUAUGUACAGUGCGACGUGGCCACUAAAUGGACUCACAUGAGGUGAUUAUCCCUUGAAGCAGCUGCUUGUGGACACUGAGCCAGGUAGUUCCAACUAUCCUUGGGGGUCCAAUGAUGUAAUGAUUGUUUGCACAUAAUCAUCCAUCCAAGUGGAGAAAAAAAAAGCUAGUUUCAAUGGCUGCCAUCAAAGAGGAAUCCGACUACGACAGUAGCCGGUCUUCGCUGACGGCGCCGGACUCCCGCCGGAGCUGGAUCAGUGACAUUGGUAGCUCCAGCUCGGUCUCGGCGCGCUCCUUCGGCGGCGACACACCGGCGUCGUCAUGCCGGUACAAGCCCCACAAGGCGAACCAGGCCGAGUGGGAGGCCAUCCGGCGCCUCCGUGCCGGCGCCGGCCGCGUCGGGCUGGAGCACUUCCGGCUCGUCCGCCGCCUCGGCAGCGGCGACCUCGGCAACGUCUACCUGUGCCGGCUGCGCGAGCCGUGGUCAUCGUCGUCGAUGACGACGACGGCGGGCGGUUGCCUCUACGCCAUGAAGGUGGUGGACAAGGACGCGCUGGCGUUCAGGAAGAAGCUCCGGCGCGCGGAGGUGGAGCGCGACAUCCUCCGCACCCUCGACCACCCCUUCCUGCCUACAUUGUACGCCGACUUCGAGGCGUCGCACUACGCCUGCCUCGUCAUGGAGUUCUGCCCCGGCGGCGACCUCCACGUCGCCCGCCAGCGCCAGCCCGGCCGCCGCUUCACCGUCUCCUCCACCAGGUUCUAUGUGGCGGAGACUGUGCUGGCGCUGGAGUACCUGCACAUGAUGGGUGUGGUGUACAGGGACCUCAAGCCGGAGAACGUCCUGGUCCGCGGCGACGGCCACAUCAUGCUCUCCGACUUCGACCUCUCCCUCAAGUGCGACGUCGUCCCGAAGCUGCUCCGCCCCGCCAGGAGCGCCGCCGCCGGUGGCAAGCCGCCGCUGCCGCCGCCGUCGUCGUGCGUGCCGCCGACGAUCCAGCCGGUGCUGUCGUGCAUCUUCCGCGGCGUGCACAAGUGCCAUCACGCCAAGGAGUGCGCCGGUGGCGGCGCGGCGGCGGGUAACAAUGGCGACGGCGACGGCAACGACGAGGAGGCGGAGACCGAGACGGCGGAGCCCGAGGUGGUGGUGGUGGAGCCGGUGGCGGCGCGGUCCAAGUCGUUCGUGGGCACGCACGAGUACCUGGCGCCGGAGGUGAUCUCCGGCCAGGGCCACGGCAGCGCGGUGGACUGGUGGACGCUCGGCGUGUUCAUGUACGAGAUGCUGUACGGCCGGACGCCGUUCAAGGGCGAGAGCAACGAGAAGACCCUCAUCAACAUCAUCAAGCAGCCGGUCACCUUCCCUCGCCUCGCCGGCGCCGCCGCCGCCGGCGAAUGGGAGGAGAUGAAGACGGCGCAGGACCUGAUGUUGCAGCUCCUGGCAAAGAACCCCAAGAAGCGGCUGGGGAGCACCAUGGGCUCCGCCGAGGUGAAGCGGCACCCCUUCUUCAAGGGCGUCAACUGGGCGCUCGUCAGGUCCGUCCGGCCGCCGGAGGUUCCUGCGCCGCCGGCGCCGGCGCCGAAGAAGGUGAUGACGAUGAGCAAGAAGGAGCGGCAAGAGCCGUACAACUACCGACCGGAAAACCACUUCGAUUACUUCUGAUCAAGUAGCUGCCAUGCAUGAGCAUGAUGCAUGAUGCAUCUUGGUUAAUUAAUUAAUUAAUCACUUGUAAGAGGGGAGAUUAGUAGUGUACAUAGAGUGCUAAUCAAUGAGUAACCAGUGUUAGUUUCUCAGUGAGUGAGUGAGUGGCAGGCGGCCAUGGGUGGUGGGGGUCUGCAUGCUUGCUCUCAUGGCGCGGUUGCGCACGCGCGGUUCGUCACUGGGUUGGGCUAGUCGGCUACCCGUGCGCGGCAGACACGAGCCCCCACCAGUUCCGUCGGUCGAUCGAUCGAUCGGUGAAGCAGCAGCUUUGUUUGCGUGGCCCCGGACACCGUGCGCGCAUCUCCCAGCCGAUCUCGCUGCUGCGCCUGCGCGCAAUUUCUUGUGCCGCCUUUCGCGGAAAUAAAGCCAGCCCCCUCCCCGCGAA